AUGCAGCGGACGCUGCAGUUCAUCACCGGCGAGUUCACGCCGCGCCACUGCUUCCUGCCCGACGACGAGUACGGCCGCUGUCUCGACACCGUCGUCAAGGCGUGCUCCGACGUCCUCGUGACCGACGCGAGCGGCUCAAAGGUCUUCCUGGGCCAGCGCAAGGUGGAGCCGCAGCCGGACUGGUGGUACAUCGGCGGCCGGUCGAAGCCGGGCGAGACGCCCGAGGCGGCCGCCGCGCGCAACGUGCGGCGCGAGCUCAAGCUCGACCUGCCUCUCGAGCGCUUCGAGGUGGUCGCAAACUACUCGUUCGUCUGGCAGUUCCGGCAGCAGCCGCCGGCGGGGAACGGCACGGCUGACAUCUCGACGGUGCACCGGCUCGCGCUGGGCGACGCCGAGGUCGCCGGCGCCGUCUUCGACGAGAAGGAGUACGCGGCCACAAAGUGGUGGCCCGCCGAGGACGUGCUCUCGGGAGACUUCCACCCGGCGCUCAAGCAGGCGAUCCGCGACGUGCGCGCGGCCGACGCCUUCAAGAGGCUGAGGGAGCUCGUCGUCGCCGGCGGCGCGGACGCCGACGUGGCCACCGCCGCGAGGCUGCUCGUCGAGACGGCCGGUGCGCGCGACGCCGCCGUCGACGCGCUCGGAGGCGCGGACGGCGCGCCGGUCGCGGUCAGCUUUGCGAACGGGCGGUACACGUACCGGAGAGCGGCGUGAGAGCCGAGACUGCCGCGCCUUAGUCGUGGUGCUUGCCGGUGUGAGGACGUCAGUGUCUGUUGAUCCGAUGUUGGAGGGCGUUUUAUGUUUCGUUUUGCGCUCUACUGGGGAGUUGUUUGAAACUUGCUAACAGUAGAGUUGUUUGAAA